AUGUCGUAUCUGUGGCUGCUUUCCUGUCUCUUCGUCGUCUCGGUCGUGGUGGGGGCGGUGGUGUUCGUGCUCCCGGUCCAUUUCGGGGAAUCCAUCGAUGUGGCCAUGAAGAGAUCUCUGAUCGAGUACGAUGACCGGACGGAAGGUCCCGUCAGAAUCGCCUGGGAUGAGGUACAGAGGAUGUUUAAGUGUUGUGGCAUCGAGAGUGCACAAGACUGGCAGUCGAACAAUCACCUUCAGGGCCAGUACCCAAGGAGUUGCUGUCGGCUUCACCCGGAUGGAGACAUGCUGCAGUGCGAAUCCAGCAUAGCCAACACGUGGUGGGAAGGCUGCCUGGAAAAAGUAAAGGUCAUUCUCCAAAGGCGCGGGACUCUCCUGAGCGGCACGAUGUUCGGCGUCGCCUUUCUCGCCGUCAGUUAA